AACAGCAAAAGUGUCAAACUAAAAACAUCCCAGUUAACAUUGUUUAUAUGUCAUUAAUAACUCAAUUACUAUUUUAAUCAGUAUUUAGUGCGAUGGUGUUCUUUACCUCUUAGAUCAUGUUUCAGUGAGGAUAAUUCACUUGUUUUUUAUUUUUUUAAAAAGCAUGUUAAAAGGUUUUUUUUGGGUACAUAACAUUGAUUUUUUAAAAAUUGUAUUAUACAUUUUUUCAUUUAUUUUUUUAAAUGAAAAAAUACUUUCAACUAUUUUAUUUUCUUUUUAGAAUUUUAAACUUUGAUAUGGGUCAAUUUGACCCGCAAUAUAAGAGGAGGGAUAAAGAGAGUAAAUGUAGGGGAUUCGUAAUGUCGUAAAGCCGCUAAAAAAAUUGACAUUGUGCUGCAUCAUCCCAGUCUAAUCAUCCGACACUGUGAGGCUCCUUCAAGGUAAGGCCUGAAGUCAUCUUUUAAUCAAUAAUAUCAUCUGCCUUUCCAUAAUGGCUUCUUAAGUCUUCCAAGAAACACAGUCAGGCAUCAGAGAGGGGGCCAAAGUAGGACUGAUUAGUCAUUGCAUGAUGGGGGGCCUGGCAGCAGCUUUACAGAAACUAAUCAAGUUAUUCUUCAUGGCUCUGUGAGGAUGUGACGCUGCAUUGUGGGACUCUGGUUUCCGCCUGCUAGUAGUGAGGAUGCCUGGCUGAUGAUGCUGGCUGUGGGUACCACUUUAAAGAGACGGAUGCGGACCACGCCCUUCCUUCACCCGCCGGUAGAGGGCGCUGUGGCGACCAAAGCAGGCCGAUCAUCAGCAGCUUUACCUCACUGCCCUUCCAGCAGCAUCUCACCUUCAACCGGCCUGACGCACAUCCACCGCCGCACCCGAAGAGGAAAAUAACAGAAAAACAAACGGGAGAGAAAAGACAGCGUCAAACAAAACCAACAAAGGGAAAAUCGAGCAACCUCAGUCAGAUGUUUGAAUGAUGUAGGCGAUCGUUUUGCGGUUUGACAUCUAAUUUAGCCUGCCCGCCUCUCUGCGACAAGGAAACACUGUCCAGCUGCGCAUAAAUUUAUCGCAUCCUCUCUCAGCUUGGCAGAAGAAAAGCGUCCAACCUUUCCAGAGUCCUCUCGACGUAGAAGGACGAAGCCACUGCGCAUCCCUCGUCGUUUAUUUUGACGGUCAGAUCGGGCCAGAUCAGCCCUCAGCAGCAUCUCUCCUCCGAGCAGAAAACCAGCAUCCUUCCUCCUCCUUGAAUCUGCGCAAUGGCUGAUGUCCCAGCGGAGUGCAACAUAAAAGUGCUGUGUCGCUUUCGUCCUCUCAACCAGUCGGAGAUUGUUCGCGGGGAUCAAUUUAUCCCCAAAUUCCAGUCAGACGACACUGUCACCGUCGCGGGGAAGUCCUACGUGUUUGACCGAGUGUUUCCGACCAACACCACCCAGGAGCAGGUGUACAACACCUGCGCCAAGCAGAUUGUCAAGGAUGUUCUGGGUGGAUACAAUGGCACUAUCUUCGCUUAUGGACAAACCUCCUCCGGGAAGACUCACACCAUGGAGGGCAAGCUGCACGACCCUCACCAGAUGGGAAUCAUUCCUCGCAUCGCUGAGGACAUUUUCAACCACAUCUUUGCAAUGGAUGAAAACCUGGAAUUCCACAUCAAGGUUUCAUAUUUUGAAAUCUACAUGGACAAAAUCCGUGAUCUUCUGGAUGUGACAAAGACCAACCUGUCUGUCCAUGAAGAUAAGAACAGGGUGCCGUAUGUCAAGGGAUGCACUGAGCGUUUUGUCUCCAGCCCUGAUGAGGUGAUGGAUGUGAUUGAUGAGGGAAAAGCUGCCCGUCAUGUUGCUGUGACCAACAUGAACGAGCACAGUUCUCGCAGCCACAGCAUCUUUCUGAUCAACAUCAAGCAGGAGCAUGUGGAAACCGAGCAGAAGCUCUGUGGGAAACUGUACCUGGUGGAUCUGGCUGGCAGUGAGAAGGUCAGUAAGACUGGAGCUGCAGGAGCCGUCCUGGAUGAGGCUAAAAACAUCAAUAAGUCUCUUUCUGCCCUGGGGAACGUCAUCUCUGCUCUGGCUGAGGGCACGAAAACUCACGUGCCGUACCGUGACAGCAAAAUGACCCGCAUCCUGCAGGACUCCCUGGGUGGAAACUGUCGCACCACCAUGUUCAUCUGCUGCUCUCCCUCCAGCUACAACGAUGCAGAGACCAAGUCCACCCUGAUGUUUGGACAACGUGCCAAGACCAUCAGGAACACCGCCUCCAUCAACCUGGAACUGACGGCUGAGCAGUGGAAGAGGAAGUACGAGAAGGAGAAGGAGAAGAACAAGACCAUGAAGGAAACCAUCCAGAAGCUGGAGAUGGAGCUCAACCGCUGGAGAAACGGAGAGGACGUGCCUGAGACGGAGCAGACUACGGCCGAAAUCGUGCCCCGCUUUGAGACCAUUGAGGAACGUCCCAUUUUGGACAACGACACCUCAUCCAUUGUGGUCCGCAUUUCCGAGGAGGAGCGGCAGAAGUACGAGGAGGAGAUCCGCAAGCUCUACAAGCAGCUGGAUGACAAGGACGAUGAGAUCAACCUUCAGUGCCAGUUGGUGGAGAAACUGAAGCAGCAGAUGCUGGACCAGGAUGAGCUCCUGGCCUCAUCCAAGGGUGAUGGUGAUAAGGUCCAGGCUGAGCUCGGCAGGCUGCAGGUGGAGAGCGACUGCGCCAAGGCCGAGGUAAAGGAGGUGUUGCAGGCUCUGGAGGAGCUGGCCAUCAACUAUGACCAGAAGAGCCAGGAGGUGGAGGAGAAGGGUCUGCAGAACCAAUUGCUGGCCGAUCAACUCUCCCAGAAGAUGGCCAGUCUGAUGGAGCUGGAGGCGGAGCUGUCACGUAUGCAGGAGGUGAGCGGGCAGCAGAGGAAACGCAUCGCUGAUGUCCUCAAUGGUCUCAUGAGGGACCUCAGUGAGUUCAGCACCAUCGUGGGAAAUGGAGAGAUCAAGCUGCCGGUGGAGAUUAGCGGCGCUAUCGAGGAGGAGUUCACCGUGGCUCGCCUCUACAUCAGCAAGAUCAAGUCGGAGGUGAAGAGCAUGGUGAAGCGCUGCCGCCAGCUGGAGAACAUGCAGCUGGAGUGCCACCGCAAGAUGGAGGAGACCGGAAGGGAGCUCUCCUCCUGCCAGCUCCUCAUCUCUCAGCAUGAGGCUAAGAUCCGCUCUCUGACGGAGUACAUGCAGAGUGUGGAGCAGAAGAAGCGGCUGCUGGAGGAGAGCCACGACUCCCUGAGCGAGGAGCUGGCCAAGCUGCAAGACCAGGAUAACUCUCUGCUUGAGGAGAACGAUGGAGAGAAGGGAGAGACUGAGGAGGGAAAUGUGAAGAAAGUUUCCCGUCAGCAGGGCGAGUCUCACCGCGGCCUCCACCACCAGCAGCUGGCCCGCCUGCGGGAUGAGAUCAACGAGAAGCAGAGGAUCAUUGACGAGCUCACCGAUCGUAACUCCAAGCUGGAGCUGGAGCUGGCUCAGGUCCGUGCUGACUUUGAACGUCUGAAGAGUCAGGACAACACCAAGAGCGAGCGCCUGGAGGAGCUCUCAUUCCUGCAUGAGCGCCACGAGCAGACUAAACAGGACUUGAAGGGUCUGGAGGAGACCGUCGCCCGCGAACUCCAGACCCUCCACAACCUGCGCAAGCUGUUCGUUCAAGACCUCACGUCGCGGGUUAAAAAAAGUUCCGAAAUGGAGCCUGAUGAUAGCGGGGGGUCUUGCACCCAGAAGCAGAAGAUUUCCUUUCUUGAGAAUAACCUGGACCAACUUACAAAGGUUCACAAACAGCUGGUUCGUGACAAUGCAGAUCUGCGUUGUGAGCUUCCAAAGUUGGAGAAACGGCUUCGGUCUACUGCUGAGAGAGUUAAGGCCCUGGAGACUGCACUAAGGGAUGCCAAGGAGGGCGCGAUGAUGGACCGCCGCCGCUACCAGCAGGAGGUCGACCGCAUCAAGGACGCCAUGAGGGCAAAGAGCGCCUUGAGACGCCCCCAUGCAGCACAGAUUGCCAAGCCAGUGAGGCCGAAGCAGAUGCCCGUUUGCUCCCCCACCAACCCGUUCUACACUUACAUCCGUGCCACUGAACAAGCAAACACCUACAGCAACGCCCUUUUCCAGAGCAGCGCGGCACAGCCGAGCGUUGCCAGCGUCAACUGCAACCCCAACUCUGUCCAGAGUAACACAGUUUCCACAGCGCUGGGCUACAGAGCAGGCAGAUAUACUGGAGACAUACUGGAGUCCUUCCCUCUCAACAUUGACAACGGCAACAGCAACAGCAUCAGUGAAACGAGAGACAUCAAUGACAACAGGAGUGAAGUUCACUGUGGCAGCGAGGUGGAUGAUUCAAACAGGCACUACAUCAUUCAGCAGGAGACCGCUGCAAGUUAAUGCCAUGAAGAUGACCAAACACUGUACCCGUCCAAGGACCCUCCCCUCCCAUCUGCAUGCAGCCUGUCUCUCCGUCCCUCCACUGCAUCAUUGAUGAAGAUGAUAAUGAAGAUCUGUAGCCCUGUAGUCUUCAACCUAGAUGAAGCCCCUCCAGCUCCCAUGGUGACCACCCUCAGGUUUGGGGUCCAGUCCCUACUAGUUCAGCCAGUGCAGGAAGAAAAUGUAAUUUUUUAUUUUAAUUUUAUUUUAAUUUUAAUUAUUUUUUUACACUUAAUCAACUCAUUGAUGUCUCUGCCAAUUAGUUUGUCACCAGAUAUCUCUGAUGCUGAGGUGGUUGAACUGAACUGGGUUUGACUCCAUCCCUGAUGACCAAGUUCACAUGUUGUAAAUAGUAGUGCUGUAUACUCCAGUAGAGGUUUUUGACCAGCAACUGUUUGUGUGAAUGCACAGCCUCCACCUCCCCCCCUGCACACAUCUUCUUAAGGGCAUCAUGCGGAUGACAUACUGUAGGCAGACGUGACCUUUUCCUCUGUCAUAAAUAAGAGUAUAGUGUGUAAUGCCAGCUUGUAACAGAAGACCCACACUCUGCAUGCAUGUCGCUUAGCGGGUUAGCUUUCAAAUCUUUGCAUGUGUCCUGAUUCCAGUCAGGAGCUGGUAUGCUGCGAGUGAACAGUCUGAUCGACUUGGACAGAUGUCACGCAGAGACAGAGAGAGCUGGUUUCCCUUAAUCCUGAUCACGGUCUCAGUGAUUUUCUAUUUUAAAGUUAAACUGGGCUGUUGUGUUAUAUGGGUCUAGUUUUAAUUUAAUAGAAGAGGACAUAAGGUGCAACAUACGUCAGGGAAACCGAGCCCCGAUUUACAGUCUGUGUCAAGGAAACCUGUUGUAAUUGCUUUGUACUGUGAUGUUGCAGCUGUAUGAUGCCAUUGUACAUUUCAGGUAAUGCUGCCCACAUCCAUUUAUUAUGGUUCCCUCCCUGCAUUGCACCCACACCCUGUGAGUCUUCAUACCGAGCCUUAACGAGCUGACUUCUCAUGAUCAAACUAACAUGCUGCCGUGUGCAUACAUUUGUAAUUACUACCUCUAGAGCUACUCAUUAUAUUACAGUAUACUAACAUCCUUUUAAAUGCUGAAUAAGAGCCGAUCGUAGAGUUUCUAGAGAAAGUUGCAACUUUAGUACACCAGUGGCUGUAAGUAGAUUUAAAUGCUCCUAUCAGAGCAGUAGUUAUCUUCAUUCAUACACAGAUUCCUCCUCCAUCAUAUAUCAGGAUCGGAGCUGGGCUGAAAGAGCAGAGGGGCAGAACAUUUGUGUUCACCAAAUCAGGGCAGGUCAGACAUAUCAAGGUGAUUUAUAUUGAUAUUUCUUUUUUUCUAGUGUAAAGUCACUCUACUCACAUACUUUCCCCAUGGAUCGAUUAUUGUACAGACCUACAAAGUACAGGCACCUAAAGUGUCUCUUAUAUGUCAUUUACUCAAUGAUCCAGUACUUUUUAAUCACAACCAUCAAAAGUCUGUUGAGAAGAGAGUUUCUGUAAACGAGUGCCCAGCUGAGCAGCCACCAGUUUGGGAUGCACAGACCGUUUGACAGAAGUUUGUUGCUGUUAUUGUUUGUUGCUGUUAUUCUUCUGUUACACAUCCUGACCAGCCAAUCAGGAUAGAAGAAAGCAGCAUGUCUGGGUGGGUGAGAAAGACGAUGCAGAUGUGUUUGGAUUGAACUGAGUCACUGAAUAAAAGGACAGAAUAGAGGGCUUUUUUAAAAAUGAAAUGUAUAUUAAGUUCAGUGUAUUAAGUGGCACGACUGGACUGUGUAAAUUAGACCAAAUAAGGACCCGAGUAUGUAAAGUGAAGGUCGUCCGAUCCUCAACAGCCUCAUUCAUGAUGGCACAGCUCUGUCUCAUGCUCUUUACUGGCAUUAACAACAUCUCAGGGCUUCACAUUCACCACAGCCACCAUGGAACAUCUCCACCGUCUUCUUCAUAGACUUUAAACCAUGAGAGUGCUGAUGAACAAUCAGGUCAGUGUGUGUUCUUCGAGGCUUAGCAGAUGAUAAAUCUGCAGAAAUAACAUCAUUUUUACUGUAUGACAUCUUCCUUCUAGCACAUCCAAAAAGAAAAAAAUCCCCUGGUCAGACCCUACUGUACGUGUCCAAGCAGACCCUCUAUUUGACAUCAUGUUUUAAGUAUAAUAAAUAAAUCUGAAGGAGGGAGGAUGUGUACUAUAUUGUCACCUGCUAUUCCACUGUCUGAUUUCAACAUAUCUAAAAUACAUGUGCUAUAUAUUGUUAAUCUUGUAAGUAAAAUAGCGUGCCAUGACAUAGUAAAAUGCAAAACAAAGGUACACGCUAACUUUGUUCAGAGAACUGUUUGUUUUAUUUAUUUCUGUAUGCCUAUACUGUAGCGUCAACAUGAUUAUGUGAAGAAUCACAGUUCUGUAUAUAUAGACUCAUCACUAUGCUGUAUUGUACGUGAACCAUUGUGUUGUAGUAAAAAGUUCAAUAAACUUGUAGAAAGGA